AUUCUUGGCAUUUUAAUGUUAUUUGCUGAUGUUAUCUAUUAACCAAACAGUAGACCUAGGUUAUGUAGGCUGUGUUUUUGAAGUCAUCGUGAUCGUCAAAGUUCAUCGACUGUGAUUAGUCCGCUAUUCCCUGUCCGCAACUAGGCCUAUUCGAAUUUGCCAAUAUGAUGAUGUCAUCGCGUCUACACUUUUUCUUCAAGUUAUGGCGGAGCUAAAGUUUUCAGCCUUGCUUGGUAAGUGUUCAUUGACAGCGGUAUGCCCUUAAAGUUCCUUUGUUGGACGAUGCAUAUUCAUUUUAACUCUUUCGUUACACGUUGUCGUAGAAAGAACGUAUUUUACUGGUUGUGGUUUAGCAAAAGUUGGAUUGUAUUGUUUGGAGUGAUGUAGGAGUUUGGAUCGUACGGAAAAGGGCCUUAGAACACUGUCAACAGUCCGCAACAGUGUUUCAUUGUUCAAAAUGCAGACAGUCGAUCAAAUAAGCUAUUGGACGCAUCAGUAGGCUGUUAAGCAUAGUAGUAUAUCAAUGGAGCACCUUCAAGGAGCUUGGAGGACCCUUAGCAAUGGUCUCGGAGGGAAAGACUCCGUGUUCGAGGGCCCUUGUACCUCUCCAACUGUGGUCCAAGGCUUUCCAUAUCAGCGUCGUUCGUCAGACGACAGCAAAAUUACUGACUCUAAGACGAGCAGUACUAUCCGAGUCUACCUCCCUAACCAGCAACGCACCGUGGUGAAUGUAAGGCCUGGCAUGACUUUGCAUAACUGCCUUAUUAAGGCCCUGAAAGUUCGGGGACUUCAGCCAGAAUGCUGUGCUGUCUUCAGGCUCCAUCCCAGUCAAAGGAGUAUAAAGACUCGCAUGGAUUGGGGCACCGACUCUACCUCACUCAUUGGGGAGGAAUUGCUGGUGGAGGUGUUGGAUCAUGUUCCUCUUACGACGCACAACUUUGUUCGGAAAACAUUUUUGAAGUUGGCCUUCUGUGACAUAUGCCAGAAGUUCCUUCUACACGGCUUCCGCUGCCAAACGUGCGGCUACAAGUUCCAUGAGCACUGCAGCACCAAAGUGCCAACGAUGUGUGUGGACUGGAGCAACAUCAGGCAACUGCUGUUGUUCCCGACUCCAGGUGAGAGUGGGGGUGCUUCUUAUCCUCCCCUGUCGUCUCGCCGAAUGAGGGAGUCCAUCACCAGAAUCCCCAGCGGCUCCUUGCACAGACACUCAACCCCAUAUGUCUUUAACUACCCUGCGCCGUGUUCGACCUCUGGGUCGUCUCUGUCCCAGCGCCAGAGGUCCACGUCCACCCCAAACGUUCACAUGGUCAGCACCAUCCUGCCCAUCGACAGCAGCAUGUUUGAGCUAGAUUGCCUGAAUUCCUCUCCUAGUACCUGGUGCCGUCGGUUUGGCCUGAGGAGAAGAGAUGCAAUGCUAGGUCACAGCUCAGAUGGAAGCUCUCCGAGUCAGAGCCCAACCGGAUGGGCCCAGUCCAAUCCACCAGCUCCAGCGCAGAAAGAGAGGGCAGGGUCCUUUGGUGCUCAGGAGAAAAACAAGAUCCGGCCGAGGGACAAGCGGGACUCCAACUACUACUGGGAGAUUGAAGCCAGUGAGGUCAUGCUCCUGUCGCGAAUCGGCUCGGGCUCCUUUGGAACUGUGUACAAAGGGAAAUGGCAUGGCGACGUUGCCGUGAAGAUUUUAAAGGUGGUGGACCCUACACCAGAGCAGUUCCAGGCUUUCCGUAAUGAAGUUGCCGUGUUAAGGAAGACCAGACAUGUCAACAUCCUGUUGUUCAUGGGCUACAUGACAGAAGACAACCUUGCCAUUGUGACGCAGUGGUGCGACGGGAGCAGCCUGUACAAGCAUCUCCACGUGCUCGAGACCAACUUGCAGAUGUUUCAGCUCAUUGACAUCGCCAGGCAAACCGCCCAGGGCAUGGACUAUUUACAUGCAAAGAACAUCAUCCAUCGUGACAUGAAAUCAAACAACAUCUUCUUGCACGAGGGCUUGACAGUGAAGAUUGGGGACUUCGGCUUGGCCACCGUUAAAGCUCGGUGGAGCGGAUCGUACCAAGUGGAGCAGCCUUCAGGGUCAAUAUUAUGGAUGGCCCCUGAAGUCAUCCGAAUGGAGGACAAUAAUCCGUACAGCUUCCAGUCAGAUGUGUAUGCCUACGGGAUCGUCCUGUUUGAGCUAAUGACUGGCGAGCUCCCGUACUCCCAGAUAGCCAAUAGAGAUCAGAUUAUCUUCAUGGUCGGCCGGGGAUACAUGUCUCCCGACUUCAGCAAGCUGUAUAAGAGCUCCCCCAAAGCCAUGAAGAGGCUGGUGGCCGACUGCAUCAAGAAGUCCAAGGACGAGAGGCCCCUCUUCCCACAGAUUUUGUCGUCCAUCGAGUUGCUACAGCACUCUCUUCCCAAAAUCAACCGGAGCACCUCGGAGCCCUCCCUGCACCGGGCCUCACACACCGAGGACAUCAACUCCUGCACUUUGACCUCCAUGAGGCUGCCUGUUUUCUAACACUCGAGGACGUCCGUCUGGCUCUUACGCCGCGUUGAAGACUGUGUCCACUGAAAUGCUGUUCACAAUGAUGCGCGCUUAAAGAGAGGAUGCCUGGAUGUAUGAAGGGAACACUAGAGAGAGACGAGAGAGUUGCUCUUGGCCUUUUAUGGCAGUAAAGGGCAUCGGUUGGUCUGCCCUUCGUAUCUGAUGGGGAGAAGUUGUGUCAGAGUGGAGGAGCAGACGUUUCCUCCGAGAAGGCUGAAUGAAGCAUUGUUUCCCUUUCAUUGUUAAGGUGCUGAGUUUUUCUGCCGCCCUGUUUAAAUUCAAAUGGCCGUGCACGCUAACACAUUAGCAUUUUUUUUUUUUGGUCUCUGCCAUCCAUCCAGUGGGCACGGUGAUUAUCAUAAUGUAGUUAUUUUUGGCCAUGUAAUGGUGUUAAUGUAAAAACGAUGGUCAGCAACAGUUAAUUUUUUUGAAAUCCAAUUAGCAGUCCUGUGAUCUUGAAGGUGUUUUUUUUUUUUUUAAAACAUGGUGAUUUUUGUUGAUUGAUCAUGUUUUUAUUUUAAUAAAAAAGUAAGUUAAUCUUAAUUAUCAGUAAAUAUCACAGUUAAACACAGCUUUCUUGUUUAUCUUCAUUGGUUUCUUUUUUUGGCUUAGUAGAUUCUCACAAUGCAAUCAGCAGUUUGUGCUGAAAUUAGUUCCAGGGUUUUUCUUGGAAAUAAAACUCGAGCACUUUA